AUGGCUUGCACGACCUUUCACCCCUUCACAAGACUUCCCAUCGAGAUCCGGCUUGAAAUAUGGGAAACAGCAUGUCUUGAGCAGCGCAGAGGCUAUCGCGCAAUCCACUACAUGGCAGGACACCCAGACCACUGUCUUAUUCCAUCAGACCACACCUGGGACGACUCGAACACAAAUGACAACACAAAGACAAAGAACAAUUCUGUCUACCUUUGGCACGCUGGCCUUUGGGCUGCAAGCUCAGAAUCAAGAAAGGUUGUCUUGAACCAUUGGAGAAGUCAGGUCAGGUCGACAGACAGGAAUUUCGCACAGUUAAGCCGCAGGUAUUCAGGAAGAAAGUCAAAUUACUACAUGGACCUUAUUCAGCCAGGAGAAGAAGGACGGGAUCCCGCGGCCCCCUUGCCACCUUCUGAUGUUCACCAUGAGCACUGGCGCCAGAUUCUGUACCCUGAAGAAGACAUAUUCUGCAUAACCGCAAAUGGUAAGGAGGCUCUGCAGUACAAUUGGCCUACAAUUUGUGGCAAGUUUCCAGUGAGCUUGGUCAAGAACAUUGCGUUUGAGUGGCAUCCAUCCUGGAACAUUGGUCUUCCUGUCAAGCCCGAUUUCCCUGCCAUGAGGAGGCAUGAGAAGUCUCCUUUCUCAGAACCCCUAUUGACCAUGUUCCGACGAUGGGUUUUCGAGUCGGCAAUAUUAGCUCACAGGGGUAACGCCCUGCUCAUUGACAACAAUGCAAAGUGGAUAUCGCGAGAACCUGGCCUCAAGCCCACAAUAUUCGAUCUCAACGGGCAGUACUAUGAGAUACCAGUUGGCAACACUCGCCGACCGUCUCCCACGAGCCUUGUCCAGGGUAGUGCCAUUCUACAAACCCUGGAAUAUCUCGAAGAAGGGUUUUUCUCCUUCGUAGGACUUUUUGGGAACCCAAGAACGCGUGCCCCAUACACGCUCCAAGACACCCUAUCCAUCCUUGUUCGCUGGGAAAAUCGAGUUGAGUGUUAA